AAUACCAAGUUCUAAGCACACAAAAUGAAUAAACAACAUAUAUUUUCAUGAAGUAUUUACAUUGAUUUUUGUACAUAUGUAACACAUUUUUAGCUUGUUAUUUUCUUCCUGAAGAACUUUGGGUAAUGAGAUUAAGGUUUUAUUGUGAGGAAAAGCCUCUUAUGCGUGUGUUAACAGAAACCUGACUGUUGAAGCAGUCUCAGUUGACAAACCUCUCUGCUGGAAGAGAGUUCAGUUGGGCAGUAGUAGCAGGAACCAGAAACUGGCCAACAUGGCUCGAGCUCUAGUUCUACUAGCAUCACUUCUGAUCUUCAGCAAUGUGGCUCACUGUGCUUUCUCCCCCACACUUAUUAUGGAUAUGGCAAAAAUUCUCAUAGAUAACUACUGCUCACCAGGAAAACUCACUGGUAUGGAAGAGGCAACUGAAGCAGCUUGCAGUAACACAGAGAUCCUCAGCAUUCCAGAUCCUGCCACCCUUUCCAGUGUUCUGACUGAUGGGGUUAAAAACACAAUUGGUGAUUCCAGAGUUAAAGUUACGUAUGAGCCAGAUUACGUACCUGCAGUACCUCCAGCCAUGCCUGACAUCCCACCAGAGCACCUGGCUGCAGUGAUCAAAGGCACUGUUGGAGUCAAGGUCCUGGAUGGCAACAUUACCUACCUGAAGAUUCAGCACAUUAUUUGAGAGGA